UGCCCCUAGGGAAGCGAAAAACGUUGCCCGCGCUUCCCUCCCCGCCCACCUCGCAGCCUCGCUCACUCGCUGGCCAGCAGCCGCCUGGACUGGAGGGACGGGGCAAUGCUCUUGGCGGCGCUUCUGCUGCUCCUCCUGCGCUGCUUUCGGGGACACGGAGGGAAGAUCCCAGCCCCGCCCGAGCGCGUGAGAUUCGUGGCCGAGACCUUUCAGCACGAGCUGCGCUGGGAGCCACCGAGCACCGGACACGGGCUCCUCCUGUACGACGUCCAGUACAUGCGAUACGGCAAGAUCGGCGGCUGGAACCCAGCGCUGAACUGCACGCGCGUCCGGAGCCACUCCUGCGACCUCUCCUACGAGACGCGGGAGCCCUCGAAGUCCUACUUCGCCAGAGUCCGGACGGUGACCGGGACGCGCGUUUCCAACUGGACCCAGACGAAUCGCUUCGAUCCCAAGACAGCAACUCCUCGACUGGCAGGAGUGAGCCUAUCACUUUCCCACAACGUGAUCCAAGUCAAGCUGCAACCUCCGACCAGCAGGUGGCACAAUAUAACCUAUGAGGACCUCUACCAGUGGGAGGAAUACCAUGUCCAUAUCCGGAAGGUGUCUGACAAUACCCAGUUUGAGUAUGUUAAGACCAACCUGGAGUUUAACCUCUCAUCGCUGUCAUGGGGAGAGCGCUAUUGCAUCAGUGUGGAGCCACGCGUGGUCUCCCAGCCAAGUCCUGGCAAGAGGACAGAGGAGCAGUGUAUCUCAAUACCCACUAAGGAAGACCAUGUAAGAUCCAUCCUCAUCUCCAGCUUGGCCCUCCUGACGGUGAUCGUCCUCUGUGGCCUGGGACUGGGAGCAGCCUGUGCCUAUGUGAGGAAACCCAAAGAGGCACCUCUCUUACUGAAAUCUCCCAUAAAGCACAGUCUGCACUGGGUGCCAAAGGAGAAGCCUCCACUCAGGAUGCAAGACUUGGUAUUGUGCUUAGAGGUGGAUGCCAUCCAGCCGCUCUCCUCCGUGGGGCCGAAGGACCCUGUCCACCUUAACAGCACAAAGUGUGGAAUGGGAGCAGCACCAGCACCACUGGAAGGUUGCUUCUGGCUGCCGACGCUGCUAACGCAGGGUGCAGUGCUCAGGAACCUGAUGGACAGCAGUGGCUGCAGCACAGACAGUGGCAUCUGCCUGCAGGAUCCUUCUGGCAGCCUGGGGAGGCUGUCUCUGGGAAGCAGUGAAGAGGGAGGCACCCAAGAGGACGAGAUGGGUGGCCUCAGCAAGGAGGAGCAGCUCUUGCUGGAGGCUCCCUCUUCUUCCAGUGGGACAGAGCAGGUGGCUCCAGAAGCUGAGGACCCACCCAAGGCCCAGAUAUUUUCUGGGUACCAGAAGCAGUCAGGGACACCUUCAGAGAUAUUGGGCUGCUCCCAGCCUCCCCUCAGCACAGAGGAGAUGACCCCUUUGGAGCCCGUCUUGGCUACUGGGUACUUGAAACAGGCCUCCGUCUGUGCUCCCUCUGGCCUUGCAAGGGACAGGACUUUUACCAAUGACUUUCUUGGCAGAACAGAGCAACAGAAAGAGCCCUUCCCUCCCAGCAUCCCCCUGGAGCAGCUGGGAUUGCCCCUUGAAUUCCCCAAGACCCUCUUGGCGUUGGGCUUCUUUGAGCAAGAGCUGGCGAGCUCCUCUUCACACAUCUCCCCACAAGCGAACUCUGUUCCGCAGCUGAGCCUCGGUGUCCCAACACUCCCACAAUACUGGGUGCAAGGACUGCCCCCCAAUAAGCUGAGUCAAUGGGAGAUAGCACAGCUCUAAUGGAGCCACAGAGAGAGGUGGGGGCUGCAGGGUGGAAGGGACAGGAUCGGGGACCCUCCUGACCGUCCCUUUCUGUUGGGCAGAUAGAGCUCUAGUUCUGACAUCCCUUCCCCGUGAUACACUUUUCCUCUGUCCCCAAAACCCAUACGUGUAAACCAGCAUGUUUUAUUCUAGUCACAGACAUAAAACAUGCAGCAGGAAGGAGGCUGAUGACGCCAGAUGUUUCUGAGAAGCUCUGGGACCCGAAUGCAAGAAGGGAGGUCAAGGCAGUGGUGCAUGUCAGCCUGAAAAGGUCUGCCGCAACUAGAGGAAGGUAGCUGUGGGCGGUGGAAGGAGAGGACACUUCACACAUCAUUGGGGUUGUCUCUGCAACACUGAGCACUGGUAGCUUGUUGCUGGCAACAGCUGCAGUGUCUUCAGGAUGAGUGUGUGUGUGUGUGUCCUUUCCUACAAAGCGCGCAGAGAUUCCUCAGCUGCCUACCAUUCAUUUUGGGGCAGACAUCAUUACCCUUGCAUUUAGCUUUGGAGAUAGAAAGGAUGGUGACCCCAUCGUAAGCAAUAGACACAGACUCAGCAGGACUGGCCUGUGCCUUUCUGAAGUGGUGGUCCCUUUGCUGGCCCUGAGCCAACCUGCCACCCCCUCCUCCUCCCUGUACAGCAGUGAGAAGCUUUGAGCCCAGAAAGCCCAGUUUCAGCCUCUGAUGUCAGCCAGAGGUGCUCAGAGACGAAGGAAGCCGUUGGAUCUGCCCUUGGCAGCAGCAAAGGGCCCUUCCAGACGAUUCAGAAGAUAGACUUGCCUCCUCCUUAGUGAGGGAACUUGCACUAGCCCAGAUUCAGCCCCCUUUGCAAUGCCAGGGCCAGCCAAGGAUGCCCUGCCUUGGCCACUGAUGUGAAGGGUGCUAAGAAAUAUAUUUGUUCAGCUGGGCACUGGCUUCCAUGCCCAAUCUCACCUUGCCAGCCCUACAUUUUCUUAGGAAGAGGAUUCAGUGAGCUUCUUUCAGGAUUAGUACGAUUAUAGGGAGGUCGCUAAAUGUUCAAAAUAUUUUGUACAAACUGACUUUAUUUAUUUUAUUUAUUUUGUAAAUCUAUUUGGAGCAUACAAGGU